AUGGAAUCGAAACUUUCUGGGUUUUUUGGCUUGAUUUUCCAAUUAGGAAUUGUUUUCCUUUUCUUCUCAUCGAUCGCCCAUGGUGAUGAUAUCUCACGGACUCCUUCGAAUGGAUUAAAUAUUACCGCCUGCAACAACCCUUUUCGUUUGGUUAAGGUCAAGAUCCACAGUAAGGGUGCAGAUGAAAUCACCGGGUUAAGUGCUUCGUUUGGUUCACCAAUGCCUACUGAAGCUGAAAAAGGCUUCAAAUUCCCAGCCGUAUUUUCAAAUCCAUUGAAUUGCUGCACUAGUCUGGCUCCCAAGGUACAAGGCACCAUUUUGGUGGCUCAGCGUGGCGAGUGUGAUUUUACGACUAAGGCUCAAGUUGCACAAGCAGGAGGUGCAGCUGGGCUAUUGAUAGUAAAUGAUGGAGAAGAUCUUAUCGAGAUGGGAUGUUCUGACAAGGAUGCAGAUUUAAAGAUCACCAUUCCUGUUGUAAUGAUCUCGAAGUCAGGAGGAGAGGCUUUGAAAAAGUCGAUGUCAGAUGGGCGCAGUGUGGAACUUCUGUUGUAUUCACCAAAUCGACCAAUCGUUGACUUCUCUGUGGUGUUCUUAUGGUCUAUGGCUGUUGGGACACUUGUAUGUGCUACACUUUGGUCCGAGUUUACGGCGACAGAGCAAAAUGAUGAGCCCUAUAAUGAACUAUCACCUAAGGAAUCAUCAGCCAGGGAAGAAGAAGAUAAGGAAAUUAUCAGCAUAAAUACUAAGACUGCUAUAAUAUUCGUCAUAUCAGCAUCCACAUUUCUAGUGCUGCUGUACCUAUUCAUGUCAACUUGGUUUGUUUGGAUUCUCAUCGUACUUUUCUGCAUCGGUGCUGUUGAGGGAAUGCAUUCGGUUAUUGUAUCUCUUAUCUUAAGCAAAUGUAAAAAUUGUGGAAAAAAGACCCUAAACUUGCCACUUCUGGGGGAGGUUUCCAUUCUCUCGCUUGUAGUUUUGGUGUUCUGCGUGGCUUUUGCUGUUUGUUGGGCUCUGAAUAGGAAGGCUUCGUACUCUUGGAUUGGCCAAGAUAUUCUUGGCAUCUCUUUGAUGAUAAGUGUCUUGCAGUUAGCACAAUUGCCGAAUAUAAAGGUGGCAACUGUGCUACUCUGCUGUGCUUUUCUUUAUGACAUCUUCUGGGUGUUCCUCUCACCUUAUAUCUUCCAUGACAGCGUCAUGAUCGCGGUUGCCCGGGGUGACAAAGCUGGUGGAGAAUCAAUCCCGAUGCUUUUGCGAGUUCCUCGGCUAUUUGAUCCUUGGGGGGGUUUUGAUAUGAUUGGCUUUGGUGACAUCCUCUUUCCGGGUUUGCUAGUUUCCUUUUCACAUAGAUUUGACAAAGCCAAAAAGAAAGCUGGUGCAAAUGGAUACUUCCUUUGGUUGGCAAUUGGCUACGGAUGUGGUCUGUGCUUUACUUACUUAGGCCUGUACCUAAUGAAUGGGCACGGUCAACCGGCUUUGCUAUAUCUGGUUCCUUGCACAUUAGGACUCUGUGUAAUACUGGGUUUGGUGAGAGGUGAGCUGAAAGAACUUUGGAACUACGAUGCGGAUUCAGAAAGCACAGGGAAAGUCCUCCUCCUAACUGAACUUCGAUCUUCUUCAAUGUUGGGAUACCCACCAAGCCAAGAGGAAUUUCCUCGAGCUGGAUGCAAUUCAGCAACACCAACUGCUCAUGUGAGGGUAAGUCAUCCAUUGGACAGAUCCCAGGUCACAAUAUUUAUGCUGUCUAACUCCAAGUACUUAAGGAUGACCUUACUCUUCAAACACUUCAAAAGAAAGGUUUCCAGAUUCUGCAAUUUGGCCAAGGAUGAAGGGAUACACUCCAUAUCACCACAAACUGCUAAGUACUUCAAAGCUAUAAGCAAUUCAAAUCCAUCUACCCAGGAGCUACCCAUAUUAAUGAACUCCAAAUCCAACAUCCUAAGACGUUCAAAGUUUUCAGAAAUGAAGGAAACGUCAUACGGGCAUCUUGGAUUCCUAUCCCCUGUAGCAGUGAACAUCAGAGACCGGACAAAAGGGCCAGAAGGCUUUGAUGCAACAAAUUGUUCCCGGUUCAGACAAAAGCAUAGUCCAUACCGCUUGUAUGUUACCAUAUCUGAUGCGUUAAAAUGCUCAUAA